ACGCCUUGAGCAAGCGUUGCCACCGCGCUUCCGAGUCGACGUCCGUAUCAAGAAAGGUACCCACAGCACCGACGAAGCCGUCAACAAGCAGCUGGGCGACAAGGAAAGGGUGGCGGCUGCGCUAGAGAACGGGACGUUGAUGGGCGUGCUCCGAAAGAUGCUCUCUACAUGCGAGUAGUCGCGUACCAUUGCCUAUCCAGCAUAUGCGCCAUGUCCGUGCCUUGCAGCGCGAUAACAAGUUUGCAUCAAUCCCGCGCUCUUCUGGAAGGUACUUGCUCUCACCGUUCCAUACGAGCCGCCGGAUGUUCACCGCUGGGCAAGACAUGCGUGGGACACGUGUUUGGUGCCUGGCUCGAAACUCCACCCUUCCUUUUAUUGAUCGCCAUCGAUCCGCUUUCCUCGGGGCCAUUUCUCCGCACAAGCGUGCUCGAAACAGGAAGCUUUGGUCAUUUCAAUACUUUCACCUUCUCCACGCCAGCUUAGCACGCCUCUUCGAUCCUGUCAACACUCAUCACAUGGAGACAGUUCGUAUGCGCCCACCUCGGCAUCUGUGGUUCGACCUACAACAAAAGCUCCAGCGGUUAUGGCUAAAUCCCCGGUCCGUUGCACCUGCAUUCGCAUAUCCCUGCGUCGAUCCUUACACCCUGAACAGCCUACUGCAUACAACACCUAAUAUACGACCAGCACUCAAUAUUGACAAGACGCAGCUGGCAAUCGCUUCGAGCGGCAGGCAUUCGUCUCGAGGCCAGUCGUUGAAAUAAAGUUUGGCAUUCAGCCGACAAGGACUGGGCUGAAGGAUCACACGUGAUGGAGAAUGUUUUCCAGGUCCCAGCUGGCUGUUGCUUCGCUUUUAGUAGACUAUUGUCAAUAGCCGAGUAUCCCGACCCUAAACUACAUACUACGAGCCAGUUCCCGACGGUUACGAUGGCCUUCGUAGAAACUGAUUCAUCGCUCAGUAGUCUACAAGCAUCUCCACCUGCGAGAAUGAUCUCGAAGCGUUCCGAAUACA